UUUGUCCUUUUUGAAAAUUAUCUUCUUCACCGAGACUUUGAUCACCAAACCAAAAAUCGAACACGAAAUUCCUCUUUUUCGCCAGAUCUGGGCACGUCGCCGGUCUUAGCAACCUCCGAUCCAGUCAUUUCACCUAUUGAUUUCAAUUCAUUAAACGUGUGACGCGACCCACUGGAUCGAAGAUGCCGGUGGCCGCUUCUGCCAUCUACUUCUUGAAUCUUCGCGGCGAUGUCCUCAUCAAUCGUCUCUACCGAGACGAUGUCGGGGGAAACAUGGUGGAUGCCUUCCGGAUGCACAUUAUGCAAACAAAAGAACUCGGAACUUGUCCUGUCAGACAGAUUGGAGGUUGCUCUUUCUUUUACAUGAGAAUCAGCAACGUAUACAUCGUAAUUGUUGUCAGCAGUAAUGCUAAUGUAGCUUGUGCUUUCAAGUUUGUCGUUGAGGCUGUUGCUUUGUUUAAAUCAUAUUUUGGUGGCGCUUUUGAUGAAGAUGCUAUUCGUAAUAAUUUUGUUCUGAUUUAUGAAUUGUUGGAUGAGAUCAUGGACUUUGGCUACCCACAAAAUCUUUCUCCUGAAAUUUUAAAGCUUUACAUUACUCAGGAAGGAGUUCGGUCCCCAUUUUCAUCCAAGCCUUCAGAUAAGCCUGUUCCAAAUGCAACUUUACAAGUCACUGGUGCUGUUGGCUGGCGAAGAGAGGGACUUGUUUAUAAAAAGAAUGAGGUGUUUCUGGACAUUGUGGAAAGUGUAAACCUACUAAUGUCUUCAAAAGGCAGUGUUUUGCGUUGUGAUGUUACGGGAAAGAUUCUUAUGAAGUGCUUCCUUUCUGGAAUGCCUGAUCUGAAAUUGGGCUUGAAUGAUAAAAUUGGGCUUGAGAAAGAAUCACAACUUAAAUCCCGUCCUCCUAAAAGUGGCAAGACAAUUGAGCUGGACGAUGUUACUUUCCAUCAGUGUGUAAAUCUUACAAGAUUCAACUCAGAAAAGACUGUUAGUUUUGUACCACCUGAUGGUGAAUUUGAACUAAUGAAGUACCGAAUCACUGAGGGAGUUAAUCUUCCUUUCCGGGUAUUGCCAACAAUCAAGGAGCUUGGUCGAACACGAAUGGAAGUAAAUGUUAAGGUUAAAAGUGUCUUUGGAGCAAAGAUGUUUGCUCUUGGAGUUGUCAUCAAAAUUCCUGUUCCAAAACAGACAGCUAAAACAAGUUUCCAAGUAACAUCAGGUCGAGCAAAGUACCAAGCUGCUAUUGAUUGCUUGGUUUGGAAGAUAAGAAAAUUCCCUGGACAAACAGAACCAACCUUGAGCGCAGAAGUGGAGUUAAUUUCCACGAUGGCAGAAAAGAAGUCAUGGACAAGGCCUCCAAUUCAGAUGGAAUUUCAGGUUCCAAUGUUUACAGCCUCUGGCUUACGUGUCCGGUUUCUUAAGGUCUGGGAAAAGAGUGGGUAUAACACAGUUGAAUGGGUUCGCUAUAUUACAAAGGCUGGUUCAUAUGAGAUCAGGUGCUAGAAAACAUGGGAUCGCUACUCCGAGAUUGUAUGAGAGAAUGAAAAUAUUAACUAGCACGAGUUCGGAUUUCCUUCCUUAAGGAUGCAGCUACCGUUAUACUUUCAUGAAUUAUUAGGCAUUUUGUUUUCCCCUUCAUAGUGGAGUUUUUGUUAAUAUGAUUACGUGAGUAUUUGGUGGGUUAUUUUCUAUUGUAAAGGCUAGCCCUUUUUUCACAAAGCUGUAUUAUUUGUUUGCAAAUUGCAUAUUGUCGCACAUUUUGUUGUAACGGUUACAUGUUCGGUUUUAAAACAAAGUAUGAAUGGGACAGCAGAAACCUGGAAGUUUGCAUUUUGGAA